UUAGUAUUAAGUAAGCUGUCAUGUCAAACUAAGAAAACGAAAAUAAUUUUCAGACAGACGAGAUAUCCGCAGAGAUAGAAACGGUGGCGAUUUGCCUUCCGCUCGGCGAGUCCGCACGACGCUGCAGACCGAUGGACGAGUGGUCGACAAACAUGAGUUCACCAUAGGCGCCUACCAUUAUCUCGAGUUCAUCCAUCUUGAUGUCAGUUUACUUAAUGGACCUUGUAAGUGAACACUUAUCUAUAUAUAAAAGGCAAGAAUAGCGAAGAUAUGUUGUCCUUUUAGUGAUUCCCCGAUAUGCUGGAAAGUGAUAGACUGAGUCUACGGACAAUUUAUUUGGAUUACAAUCUUUACGCUUAUUUUUAUGGGAUUGUUGAUAGCAGUUUUUUUCCAUAUUGAAGUGGUCGAUUCAGACUGAGCUUAUUAGCCCGCAGGUAAGAUUUUAUGGUACAUAAAAUAUAAUUUUCUUCUGAUUCAGAUGAUUAUCUAAGAUAUCGACCGUACUGUUGCCAGCCUGAAGGGCGGUUGGAUCCUCGAUGCAAGCCUAUACUGGUUCCUAAUGAUGAUCCGUAUCUCAGAGUGACUGAUAUUCGCUGUUUGAAUUUUUCAAGAGCGGAGACCUUCCAGGAUGAUGGCUGUAUCAACGAUACGUAUACACCUGAACAGAUAAAUUUACAAACACCGCUUAUAGAUCUUUCUACAAUAUAUGGUGUCGACGAUAGAAGUCAAAAUGCGGUCAGAUUUUACCAGCAUGGAUUAUUAAAUUUGGAAUACAGAAGUUUCCGAUAUGUGCCUUUAGCCAAUCUAACGGCGAUCAACACAACAGAUUUAAAUAACUUGCUCUCCUUGAUGGAUCCCGCAGUCUUAGCAAAUCUUACGAUGUUAAACCAACAAAUGUCAAAUUCUUCUAUGUGGCAAAAUAUGACAACGCAAAGUCGGCAAAAUAUGUUGUUUAAUUUUAUGAUGUUGAAUGGACCAAUGUUUAAUAACUCGCCAAUGUGGCAAAAUUCUACCUUGACUAGUAAUAGAGGAAUGCUAGGAAGUAUGUUCACUUUGGAGAAUAUGCAAGGAGUUUUAUCAAUGCUACAAAAUUUAACUAUGUUAAAUUCUCAAAUGUUGAAUAACCUCGCUGUGCUUAAUCCUGAGAGAUUAGGCAACCUAAAUUUGACAAACCAGCAAAUGUUGGAAAAUCUUUCCAAGUUAAACCCGGAAAUGCUUGCGAACUUGAUAAAUUUGAAUCCCCGAUUGUUAGGAAAUCUAGGCACCUUUGGAAACAUGCCUUUUACAAACCGUCGCCGCCGUCAAGUAGUGGUACCUAUAAGUUUACCCACAACUGGCGGACUGGUCGACGCUAUAACAACUCCAGUGGAGGAUGAACUGGAUAAUUACAUGCCAACUUUGAUGAAACUUAUCAAUAUGACCAACUUGAACAAUACUAUAUGUUUGCAGAACAUGAACAACGAAAGUAGAUGUUACGUGUUUGGAGUACCCGAAGCAGGUAACUUUGAUUUGCGAACGACAACAUUCGCAAUUUUCUUCAUGAGGGAGCACAAUCGGUUGGCAAGAGCCCUGUACAAGCUGAACCCUUGCUGGAAAGACGACCGCCUCUUCAAAGUAGCGAGACAGAUUAAUAUUGCCACAGCGCAAAACAUUCUUAUGUAUGAACUACUACCAAAAAUAUUGGGUUAUAAGAACAUGUUAAAAUACGGGCUGAUAUCGGAACACGUGCAAUAUGUGACGGCGUACGACGAGAGUGCUGUGCCACUGGUCUACGCCGAAUUUGAGAUCGCCAUCAGAUACUUCCAUACCAUGCUGGAUGGCAGAAUCAAAUUGUACGAUGAAAAAUAUCACUAUGACAGGGAGUUCUCAGUCAGCAACACUACCUUCAGACAAAGUCUUAUCGAACAAGAUAAGAAUUUUGAGAAAAUAAACAGGGGUACAUUCUACCAACAAGCAGCCAGAAUAGAUGACAUCCAGGAUCCCGAGAUUUCAGAAAAAUACUACGGAGAUUUGCAACGAGCUGCAGACCUACCAUCUUUGGACAUACAACGGGGAAGAGAUUUAGGUGUAAGAGGAUACAAUGAUUACAGACAUAUCUGCGGUAUGAAACCAGCGAGAAAAUUUGAAGAUUUUGAAGACGUUAUGGAUCGUGAGGUAUUUUUAUUGGAUUCUGUUAAUAUUUUAGCUAAGGAUACGGGAGAGUGGGUACCACACUUUCCACAAAGCGGAAGCAUGGAGUGCACCCCUUCAAUUCUUAGAAUCACAGACUGUAGUUUAGGUUCCUGUAAAACUACCCAACUGCAAUACAGAAGUUUCCAACUAUUAUGCAAUAUGACCUCUCACAUCUUCGUUCAGGUGUGACUGUUCUAAGGUAAAAUAUUUUUUAUAAAUGGAAGAAAAAAAAACUGACACAACCAAAAAGAACAUUGGUAGGGUGACUGCUAUAAAUAUUUGCCCCCAUAGUAAUUGGUCACUCCAUAGUAAGGCAGAAAGAAACAAGUCGAUAGAAAUCUUAUUGCUAAGACUAGCUAAUUACUAUGGAGGUGCCAAUAACUAUGGCAGUCACUUUAUUCACACUUAGUUACUUUUUGAACUAGUUGAAAAUAGUUGCAGUGCUGGAAUAUAGUUGGGUGGUUACGGUACCAAUUUUACGUAGUCUUGCCAUAAAUUCUGUCCCAACUUUUUUAUAAUUUUUAAUUUAAUAUUGGAAUCUUUGAUGUACUUUUGUUUCUUGGUUAUGCUUAAAUAGACAUUUGGCUGUCAGAAAAAGUACAUUUCCUUGAAGGUAUCGUUUCCUUGAAGAUGGAGUGGGGCAUCAAAGAGAAUCGUAUCGCAGUGAUAGCGUUAUACAAGUGCAACAAGCAAGUGAAUAACAUUUUCAAACUGCUGAAACCUUUGAAUGUAACGAAGAAAUUUAUCUAUCGUACUAUCAAGCAAUACAACGACAUGGAUUUAGUCGACGACCGACCCAGGAGCGGUCGACCACGCCAAACAAGGAUACCGGCAGUGAUUAAAGCGGUAGCUGAGCUAAUUCGGAGAAAUCCGCUACGCAAGCAGAAAAUUAUGGCUAGGGAAAUGAAAAUUCCCCCUAGAACUAUGUCGCGUAUCAUUAAACAAGACCUUAAUCUUGGGGCUUAUCGUUGGAGCACAGGACAGCGAUUGACAGCGGCCCUACGUAAAAUAAGAGCGACGAGAGUUAAAGUGUUGUGGCAGCGGCAUUCAAAGGGCGCAUAUCGUAAUAUUCUGUUCACAGAUGAAAAAAACUUUACCGUGAAGCAAAUAUUCAACUGCUAAAAUAAUAAAAUAUAUGCUCACACUUCCCAAGAAGCUUCUGAAAAUGUUCCAAGGAUAGAAAGAGCCCACCAUCCUGCAUAUGUCAUGGUUUAGUGGGGAGUAUCCUAUCCUAUGAAGGCGUCACAGAGCUUCAUUUUUGUGAACAAGGGGUAAAAAUACGGGCUACGAACUAUCAAAACGACAUUUUGAAGAGAAUUGUUAAGCCGCUAAAUGAUGCUUUAUUUGCCGGUAAGCACAAGACUCUGCCCCUGCACAUAAAGCUAAGACAACACAACGGUGGUUAGCGACGUAUUUCACGUAUUUACCCGAGUUUAUUGCGGUUGAAGAUUGGUUAUGCUUUAAAGGUGAUUCUCAAAAAAUAGGUGUCUGCGGUCUAAUUACCACGACCCAUAAUGUAUGAAAAGAGUCAUGGCAAAUAGAUGUAAUCAAAGCUGAAUGUAGCUACAUAGAAUUCCUCCUUUACUUAUUUGAGAUAUUUUUUGGUUGUAUUAAAAACACAUAUGAGACGGAUAAAUCUACGAGCAGGUUCAUCUAUUCAUAUUUUAUCAUAGAAUGGAAUUGACAAACAAUAAAUAUAAAGCUUAAUAAGCUUUUAUAUUUAGAAAGUGAGUGGGCGGGUAGCUAAAUACAACCCAGACUGUCUGCGGGCAGGCCGAAUUUUAAAUGAUGAUGGGUGUUAAAAAAUUUAGCCAUUUGUCUCAGGCACUCUUGUCAAGUGUCUAAAUUAAGGAACUUUUUUACUGUUUCCUUUUUUGUGUUUUUUUUUAUCGUGAUAAAAGUACUUAUUUGCUAUAAGCUUCAACUUUAACUUAUUUUAGCCCAUACUUAAGUAUCAUUGCAUAUAAAUAUAAAUAGUUAAGUGUUGGAAUUCAUGUAUUAAUUCCAUUUUCUCGUAUAAACUCCUCAAAAGAGGUGGUUGUUUAUGAAAAUAAGGCCAAUAAAUAAUUUUCAACUUAUUAUUAAAUUAUAUUUGAGGCCAACUACGUCCUAGUCGGUGGCCUUAGGUUUGGAACACGGCAAAGAUUUUGUGUAAGUAACUAACAUGAAAAAUGUUAGAUGCAGUUUUGUGCAGCGUUUUCUUAGUCAUUUUUUUUUUUACAGAAAAUAGAAGCUCUUAAGAGGCUAUACGUGCGAAUAGAGGACAUUGACCUGUUAGCUGGCAUAAUGAGCGAGAACCACAUGCCUGACACAUACGUUGGCCCUACACUGUUCUGUAUUAUGACGAAACAGCUACAGCUGUAUAGAUACGCCGACC